AUGCUGCUUCUCCUGGAGACCCCGGCGGGGUAUGCCCUCUUCUCCCUGAAGAACAAGAAGCUUCUCAAGGCAGACCCCGAGUCGAUCUACGACUCUUUCAAGACCAGCGCAGAUGCGCAGCGGCAAGUGGGUCUCACCGCCUUCCAUAAGUUCGAGGACACCAAAGCGGCCAUGGAGGCGUGCACCGAGCUGACGGAGGGCACUGUUGGGAAGAGUCUCAAGAAGUUUCUGAAAAAGAACGUUGUGGAUGCGGGGCUCACCGAGAACUUGGCCGUGCUGGACAAGGCGCUCGGUGUGAACAUCAACAAGAAGCUUGGUGUGGAGGUGAGCGUGCUCAGUGAGAACCUGAAGGAGAUUAUGCGCGGCGUGCGCUUGCACUUGACUGAGCUGAUCGAAGGCCUCGAUGAGCAGGAGGUGAAGACCAUGUCCCUGGGCUUGGCCCACACACUGUCCCGGUUCAAGCUCAAGUUCUCGCCGGACAAGGUGGACACCAUGAUCAUCCAGGCCGUGGGUUUGUUGGACGACCUGGAUAAGGAGUUGAACAACUUUGCCAUGCGACUAAGAGAGUGGUAUGGAUGGCACUUCCCAGAGAUGGGAAAGAUUGUGACGGAGAACCUUGCAUAUGCAAAGGUGGUGCGUCUCAUGGGUCUGAAGACUCGGGCGAAGGACACGGACUUGUCGGAGGUCGGAGUCCCCGAUGAGAUUGCGGCGGAGGUCAGAUCUGCGGCGGAGACCUCGAUGGGCACAGAGAUCACGGACGAGGAUCUCGGCAACAUCAAGACUCUCAGCGAGCGGGUGAUCGAGCUGACAGAAUAUCGGGCCUCUCUCUCCGAGUACCUGAAGCUGCGGAUGAACGCCAUCGCCCCGAACCUCACUUUCAUGGUCGGGGAGCUCGUGGGCGCGCGGCUCAUCUCCCAAGCCGGGUCGUUGAUGAGCUUGGCAAAGCACCCAUCCAGCACAGUGCAAAUUCUUGGUGCUGAGAAGGCGCUCUUCAGGGCCCUGAAGACCAAGAAGAGCACGCCGAAGUACGGGCUGAUCUACCACGCCUCUCUGGUGGGGCAGUCUGCGCCCGCGUUGAAGGGCAAAAUCUCCCGGGUCUUGGCCGCCAAGCUCUCGCUAUGCUGCCGCGUCGAUGCGCUGGGGGAUCAGGUGGAGCCAACUCUUGGGCAGGAGUUCAAGGAAUAUGUGGAGAAGCGCCUUGCCACACUCGAGGAGGGAGGCAUGAAGUCCCAGACCAAGGGCAUCAGCAGGCCCAAUGUCGGCAAGCAUCAGAAGAGGCCUGCGGUCAAGGGCAGUGCCACUGCCUACAGCGCGGAGGACGACGUUGUGGAGGAGGCGCCCAAGCGCAAGAAGAAGGCGGCUGAGGCGGAAGAAGCCGAAUCAGCGCCGAGGAAGAAAAAGAAGAAGGCACCGGAGCCGGAGGAGGCCGAGGCCGAAGAGGAGGAGGCGGAGGAGGCCCCCAGGAAGAAGAAGAAGCGGGCGGCCUAG